AUGCUCGCGCUCACUCUCGCUCCCCUUCUCCUCCUCGGGUCCACCCUCGCGGUGCCCGCACCUAUCCCCAACGGCGGCGUCGGUGUCCGUACCAACGACACCGCACCUGUCUACGGUACUAUGACCGACUUCGACUACGAGUCGCUCAAGCUAGGCCUCUAUCAGGAGUGGAUCGAGCUAGACCUGUUCAACUAUGGUGUCGCUCGAUUCUCCGCUCAGGAAUUCGCCGAUGCGGGCCUGAACGCUGAGGACAUCAGUCUGAUCCAGUUCAUGGCUCAGCAGGAGGUUGGACACGCCACUCUCAUCACCAACAUGAUCAACAACGGCGGUCGCCAAGCCCCCAAACAGUGCACCUACAAGUAUGACUUCCAGUCAGUGCGGGAAUAUGUCGCUUUCUGUCAACGUCUCACGCGGUGGGGCGAGUCGGGCGUCUACGGUUUCCUCUCUCACCUCGACUCCCGCCCGGUCGCUACCCUCUUGACUCAAUCCAUCACCACCGAGGCUCGUCAGCAGAUGGUCUUCCGCCAGUUCUCCGGUGCCCACCCUUUCCCCGUACACUUCGAGACCGGUAUCUCUCAGUCCAUGGCUUGGUCUCUCCUCAACCGGUAUAUCGUAUCUUGCCCCGCAGGUACUCCCAAGAUCUCAUGGCCGAGCUUCCCCCUUCUUAACGCCACCAAUCAGCCCAGCAUCCUCGUCGACGGCUACAAGGCGGCGAUCACCCACAAUCGCACAUCGCUCACUCAGGCCGGUCGCAAUGUCACCUUCUCCUGGGAGGCUGCCAACAAGACUAUUUCGGCGGAUGGAGGCUACAACACCACUGUCGGAGGCCAGGUAAACGGCACACAGCCCAAGUUCGUCGCCUGGAUCAACCAGCUCAAUGUCACCUACACACCUCUCACCCUCACCAGCAACUAUACCGGCUACGCUACCCAGCCCGGGGGAGUCGUCUUCGACAGCACACCCACGAAUGGCAUAAUAAACGGCACGAGCUUUGUUGGUCUCUCGGUGAAGGAUCUCUACGUUACUCCCUACAACUUGUCUUUGUUGAAUGACUACCUGGUCGCCUUCAACACCUACCAGUCAAACUGA